CGCACGCUAGCUUGCUAAUCCCAGACUGAGGGUGGCGCUCGCGGAGCACUUGUUGCCCCUGACAUCCAGGGAUGGGGCUAGUUUAGCUUAGCUCAUUUAAAGUGUCCGGGCUGAGGCGAGUCUCGCUCCCGGUGUGAGUCCUGACGGACGGCGGCUCGCUCGGAGCGAAAGCGAGUUUCAUUUCGGCGGAAAAACGAUCUUUGUCUUUAGGAUGAAGUUUUUCUAAAAUGGGAUAAAACUUCGCGACGAAGCUGCUUAUUUAUUUAGACGUUGAAUUUCAAGUGAAAUGGAGGCCGAGGCGUACAGGAGCGACGUUCACUCUGCCGAUGCCGUGAGGUUUUGGCCCGUGAUGCCAAAACCGGGAGAUCUAACUCAGAGGAGCAGAGAAGGAGAAGGCUGGAAGCUGGUGAACGUCUGUCUUUUAGGGGGUGCGCCGUGGGGGUUUACCCUCAGAGGAGGACUGGAGCAUCAGGAGCCUCUCAUCAUAACCAAGGUGGAGGAGGGCAGCAAAGCGGCGGCGGUGUGUCUCCAAGUGGGAGACGAGCUCGUCAACAUUAACAAGAUUCCCCUGAGCGGCUACAGGCAGGAGGCCAUCUGCCUGGUGAAAGGCUCCCACAAGACCCUGAGUCUGGUGGUGAGAAGGAGGAACGAACCCGUAAGCAGGCCUCACUCCUGGCACGCAACCAAGUUUAAUGAGAGCCAAUCAGAGUCCGGCAAGACGCAGUCUCCGCCCACAGCUGUCUGGCACUGCAGAUAUGAUGCGAGCUCGUCUGAUAAUGAUCUCUCUGGAGGCUGGGAGCAGACCAACCUGUGCAGAGCGUCUGACCAGUUCAGCUCUCUGGGCAGCAUGGACAGUCUAGAACAUGUUUCUCACUCUAACAACAGCAUGGAGCACCUCGGAGGGGGCAAACGGGACUCUGCCUACAGCUCUUUCUCCACCAGCUCCAGCACGCCGGACUACACGCUGUCGAAAAGCAACGCUGCGUCCACCGAGAACAUGCUUUACAAAGUGACUCAGUGGGAUGCGGGAGGAAGGCGCAGCCAGGGAGCGGCUCCUGACGGAGUCAAACACGAGGACAGGCUCCCGUACUUCCAGAUGCCGGGGGUCGGUCCAGGUCAUGACGGUCAGCAAAGCGAGGACCCGGCUGGCUGCCGACAUUCCACCUCCAGCAGAAUCAGCUUCGGGCCGGUGUGGAACGUUCCAGAGAAAAAGAAGGCGGCGUCCACGUCUCCUCCGCCUCCUCCUCCACCUGCACGCAGCAACAGCUUUGCAGCAGCUAAAGCCCACGAAAGGGCGCCCUCUGAUGGACCCGAUUCCCACUGCAGGGCUUCGGAAAAUCGGCGUGGCCACAAUAUUUCCCUGAAGAACGAUAGCAGAAACAUUCACACUUCAACCGAUAGAAGUGCCCACGUCCCGUUCAGCUCAACCAAGCAGCCUUCCCUCUCCAGCAGUGAUGUUCACCACAGUCAGCCCUUCCAGCAACACCACCACGGUGACAAAAGCGCCUUCUACCCCCAACCCUGGACCCCAUCCGCCACAAAGCCGCAGAACGUUGGCGGUUACUACAGCAGCCUGCAGGACUUGCCCACUCACAGCUCUGCCCAACAUCUAAGCCACAACCAGAGAUGGAGUCUGAGCAGCAACCUAUCCUCUGCGGCCCCCGACCAUGAGAGUGGGGGACAGAGCCGCUACUACUGCAUCGCCACAAGCCACGGCACACAUCCCAACCACUCGUCUCUGUCCGGAAUACCAGAAGACAGAGGAAGCGCCGCACAGGAGCGGCGCUCUACCAGCCCGCAGGCGGCCCCCAAAGCCAGGCACCAUCUGCCCCAACACUCCUCACGCUCUGAAGACACUCCUGCAUACGGAAAGCAUCAGGUUCCAGAACCUUCUGGGCCUAAACCGAGCUGGGAGGAUGGGGGGGCGCAAAGACAGCCGCACACACAGACUCCAGAGCCACAGUGCGCCCCUGAACACAGGAGGUCUGUGCCGCCUCAGCUCAGAGAAAGACCUCAAGAGGUCAGACAGCCCAACCACGCAAGCAACACGAUCUGCCCUCAGACGACCCCCAUGCUUCACUCACUCUCUGUGUGCGCCGCGGGCCGCCAAGACCACGCACCAGGCGCCAGCUCAGAGGAGGCCCUUGAAAGCCAGCAGGUGAUGCGCAGCAACCGCUUCGCCACCACUUUAAGAAACGAAAUCCAGAUGAGGAAAGCGAAGAUGCAGAAAAGUCGCAGUGCGGCUGCCCUGCCGGAUACGGAAGUGAAGACCGAGCGUGAAUCGCAGAGAGAUCCAGACGAGUGGAGGUCUGCUCGUAGCUCCGCCUCUGCAGAGGGGGCCUUCUCCAACACGUACAAGGAUCAUCUGAAGGAAGCACAAGCAAAGGUGCUCAAAGCCACCUCCUUCAGGAGGAGAGACCUGGAGCCUGUUCCACUGGAGCUCUCUAAAGAAGCAAACCAUCCCUCCUCAUCACAUAAGAAUGUGGACCCUGUCCUGAACCAGCCAGGAACCAGUAAUUCUGGACUUUCCGGUGGUCAGGUCCCCCGCAUUGGUGGCCGGAAACGUUUCACUGCAGAGCAGAAGGUUAAAUGUUUCUCUGAGCCAGACAAAAUUCAUGAAGUCGGCGUUGACCAAGAUCACUCUGGAAGCUCUUCAGAGAACCAACAGGAGCUGUCCGUUGAAGGAGCGUUCCCAAACCAGACGCCCUUUCGCAGCCACGACAAGAUCCGAGGCAGGAGUGCUGCUCCUCGCAGCGUGGCGGAGGACACUCCAAGAGGGCGAGCGUGCUCCGAAACGGCCGAAGGAGCUCCUCACCACUCACCGUCUGCCCACGAUAAGCAGAGACUGGGCACGUUUGCGGAGUACGAGGCCAGGUGGAGCAAACAGAGGAAAGCCCCAGAGAAGAAACCCUCUGGACGGUACCAUUCCGCCGACAACAUAGUCGAUCCGACACCUGAGGACAGAGACAAGGCGUGCUUCCAUGAGAGGUCCCGCUCGUCUCCUUCAGCUCACAUCUACGGUCAGAAGAUUUCAGUUCCUGCAAGAAAGUCAGACGCGGGGUAUUACCAGACGGAGAGCGGGGCCGCCGAGCCGCUGACUGCCGAGUCGGGGUUUUCAGGUGAAAACCCAGCAGAGUUUGAACGCUACUCGCCGCCUCUGGCCCCGCCCAUGACAGGAGCCAAUCCUGACAGCAGACAGAGAGCCGCUCCUGUCGCCCUCAACCACAGACCCACGUCUUUUUCCCACUGUGCCGCCGAGCCCGCCCCCUUCCAGACUGAUGAGCGCAGCCGCCCAGCCGGGAGGAAGGAGACGCUUCCCCCUGCCCCGAGCCCGGAGGCGGCCUCCUGCGAGUCCCUCACAGGUUCUCUGAGUGAGGUCUCCUUCUGCCGCUCUCCCACCGCCAGCUCCUCCUUCCUCCCCACCCACUCUGUAAGGGGAGAUUCAGAGCAGGGCAGAGGACUCGUGGACAAAGGACAAGGGGCAGUACAUCAUCCAUCAAAACCCAGUCCUCCGCCCGCCUCCUCUCCCCCGGCUUCAUCCUACAGAUCUUCGGGGCCGUCCGGCAUGGAGAGGCAGCGCACUCCUUCUCCACAGUUCUCCCCGCAGAGACUCAGUGACAAGCCUCCCGUCCCGUUCCCCCCAGAGGACUCUGACAGGUCGGAGACUGUGCAGCAGAACCAGAGCUCUGCGGCCAGACGAGUGCCCGUCCGGAUCGUCCACUCGGAGGGGACCGCGGAGAAGGAGCACUCCCCGUUCCUGCAGCAGAGCCAGCUCGCACACGUUGAAUCUGGGGGCCCCGGUGUGGGCAGAGUUGGCAGCUUCGGAGCUCCGGCGGAGGACUCGGACUUCUGCGCUUUUAGCCGGCACUGUAAUAAAACCCUGGAGAGUCAGGUUCUGCAGAGAGCCGAGGGGGACGCAUACAUGACGACUAUCGGAGACGACAGUCAGCUACCGCCACCGCCGCCGCCGCCCACAGACGAGCCCAGCAGCAAGCAGGAAGCUGAAACCACAGCGGGAACUGAGGAGGACCAGAAGAGAGAGGAGCUGGCGCGGGACAUCAUGGGGAAGGACAAAUCGCUGGUGGAAAUUCUGGAUCAGAGCAAGAUGAGGACCACCAUGGACCUGAUGGAGGGGCUCUUCCCGGAAGGCGAGCAGCUGGUGGAGGAAGCUCACAUGCGCAGGAAGGUGCACAGCAAGCAGACCCCCCCACGACCCGCUGAGGAGAGGGAGAAGAAGGAGGACAUGGCAGCAGCGGUCACCAUGGUGACCAGCUCCACCUAUUACAGCACAUCUGCUCCCAAAGCCGAGCUCCUCAUCAAGAUGAAAGACAUGCAGGAGCAGCACGAGGAGGAGGAGGACUCUGAGGACGAGCUGGACAUCGACUUAGCCAACAAGAAGCAAGAGCUCAUUGACAGCCUCAGCAAGAAGCUGCAGGUGCUGCGAGACGCCAGGGAGAGCCUCCAGGAGGACAUCCUGGACAACAACGCUCUGGGAGAAGAGGUGGAGGUCAGAGUCCAGCAGGUCUGCAAGCCCAACGAGCUGGACAAGUUCCGCAUGUUCGUCGGAGACCUGGACAAGGUGGUGAGCCUGCUGCUGUCGCUGUCCGGGAGACUCGCCAGAGUGGAGAACGCCCUCAACAGUCUGGAAGAGGACGCCACCGCGGAGGAGAGGCGUACGUUGAUAGAGAAAAGGAAGCUGCUGAUCCGACAGCACGAAGACGCAAAGGAGCUGAAGGAGAACCUGGACCGCAGAGAGCGUGUGGUUUACGACAUCCUGGCGAACUACCUGGAGGACGACAGCCUCACGGACUAUGAGCACUUUGUGAAGAUGAAGUCCGCCCUCAUCAUCGAGCAGCGCAAGCUGGAGGAUAAGAUCAAACUGGGGGAGGAGCAGCUGAAAUGCUUGAUUGACAGCCUCCCCAUCGAGCAGAGGCUGGCUUUAUGAAGACGCACCUGAGCUCUGUGACCAGCAGGGGGAGCAGAGGCGCUUUGUUUACUUGAACUGCCAUCAAACACACUUUUAUUAAACAGCAUCUUUGGGGAAAAGCUCGCCAAGCAACCACUACAUCUACGUCCUGAACGCCAUUUUUGUUGUUAAAUGUUUGUUUUCUAGUAAUUUAUUUUAGCCACUCCGAGGUGGACAGCAGACACGUCACAUGCCAACAGGCACACCUAUUUAUCACUAUUUUGUUUAACUAUUUCAACAUUUAACAUGUGGUCUGUAAAAAUAUUUCCUCCAUCGUCCAAUUACGUGGUGGCCUUCUCAGGAGCCCGAUCUCGUCCUCGCCGCCUCACCGUGGAGACCGUUCCUCUGCAGUAAGGACUUUCGGGAGGCCGCUCCGGCUGGGUGAACAUUUCUGUGGCUGGAGGAGGUGCAGCCUCCGUUUGAGAGAUCAGCGUGACUGAACAGAAGGAGCACUCCUCGUUCAGAACCAGUGAAAUCUGAAGAGCUCCUCUUUCACUCGACUUUGUCAUUUUUGACAAAACAUUUCUGUAUUCAGCUUGGGAUCAUUUCAAUGCUUUGUUAGAAAGGCUACGACUUUUAUUUUAAUUUAAGCCUUAAAUAAGGCUUAAAUUGCUGCCAAAUGUGGUAAUAAAACAAACAAAUAGAUGAAA